AUGCCUCCUAAAGCAAGUGGUAAAGACGUCAAGAAGUCUGGUAAAGUCCAGAAAACCAUCAUUAAGAGUGACAAGAAAGAACGCAAGAAGAAGCGUGUGGAAAGUUACGGUACCUACAUCUACAAAGUCUUGAAACAAGUUCAUCCUGACACGGGAGUUUCCAGUAAAGCCAUGAGCGUCAUGAACAGUUUCGUCAACGAUAUCUUCGAGCGCAUCGCUGCUGAAGCUUCAAGACUUGCGCACUACAGCAAGCGGUCAACCAUCACGUCCCGAGACAUCCAAAGUGCUGUUCUUCUUCUGCUUCCGGGUGAAUUGGCGAAGCACGCCGUCUCUGAAGGAACCAAAGCUGUUGCCAAAUAUACCAGCUCCAAAUAA